AUCUCACCACUAAAAAGCGAGCGGCGGCGGAGAAAAAGUCGAGGCGAGGACGCCCUCUGAGAUAGAGAAGGAAGGGAAACCCUGCAAGUUGAUGGAGCAGCAGCUGUGUGAAGUUCUUUCUUGCGGCCCUGCGACCGAGAGUAGGGUUCCGGAUCGCCGUCGCCUUCGCGGGAAGAAGGGGAAACGCAGGGAGGUUACACUGAAGAGUGAGAGGUCAAAUUCGCGAGCCCCCCUCGCAUUGUUGCAUGGCAGUAAUUUUGAUUCUGAUAGUAGUCACGAGGACAAGGAACCUGGAGAUCCCAACAUAAGUGAUGAGGGUGUUGAUGAGAUGGACAGAGGCAAAUCACCCACACAACUAGCCAUGGAGGCCAAGGAGAUGGCCGCAGAGAAGGCGGAUUUCGCUCGCUACAUUAGGAUCUGGAAGUCUAGCUAGGGAUUCGAAGGCUACGGUUCCUUCCGAGACAUGACGACAGUGAGCUCCAUGCACUUCACAAACUCGAUACCUGGCAGUGACCCAUCAGACCGUGGGACAGUCGCGCCUACACUGCAGGUCUUCUCCAUCAAAAUCUCUGAAAUAAAAGGCGGCUUGCGGUGGCCAUUGUCUGUGUAUGGCGUGGUUGCAGCACGCGACGCCGUGGAUCACAACCGCAACCUUCUGUUUGCUCGCGAUAGGAGUGUGUACCAGACAAUCAAAGAAGACGAUCCUUAUUUGCGCUUGACUGGCCCCUCCCGUGCAAUUGUGUUUGGGGAUCCCGUGGACUUUGAAAUCCAACUGAAACUAAGAGGCAGCACAGCGGCUCGAGAUAGAGCAUUGAUCACUAGUACAGAGCGUUACUCCACAGGAAUUGGUCCCAUAUGCUUUGAGAACUGCUUCUGUACAACAGAGUUAAAGUUGGAGGCGAUUGAGAGGUCGGUCCAGGCCACUAUCUUGGGUGUCUGUGUCAAAGGGGGGCCGUGGCCUUCCAAAUAUGGAGGUAGAGUUGUUUGCUAUGCGCCAUCACAGUCAGGUGAGAUCAAUGGGGAAGUGGUCUUGUCCGAUUCAUGUAGCGGAGGAAUGAUGCCUACCGGUUUGAGUGGUCACCUUCGUCUGUCAAGGAAUGUUGUUUCUGUAGAAAUGCAAGGCAGUCUACAAGUUAGCUUACAGGCCUACUCAUCUUUUGGUGGGUUCUCUCAACGAAAAGUUGUGUCUUCAAAGCUAAGUCGUGUCUCAUAA